AAGCGAAGCCACCUAGAGACUCCGAGCUGCUUGGGUGCUGCUGCGCGUGCGUGUGCGCGGGCGGCGCGGCGCCGGAGUCGUGUUCUUUGCCGCCUCCGCCGCCGGGGCCAUCUACCCCGGAUUUGAGUCUCGCGCCUUCUUCGUUCGCUCGCCGGCGGGUUCGCGCCCCUCUCGAAACCCCGGGCAGCGAGGCUGGGGAAGGGUUGGAGGGGGCUGUUGAUCGCCGCCUUUAAGUUGUGCUCGGGGCGGCCAUGUCGGCCGGCGAGGUCGAGCGCCUAGUGUCGGAGCUGAGCGGCGGGACCGGAGGGGAUGAGGAGGAAGAGUGGCUCUAUGGCGAUGAAAAUGAAGUUGAAAGGCCAGAAGAAGAAAAUGCCAGUGCUAAUCCUCCAUCGGGAAUUGAAGAUGAAACUCCUGAAAAUGGCGUACCUAAACCGAAAGUGACAGAGACUGAAGAUGAUAGUGAUAGCGACAGUGAUGAUGAUGAGGAUGAUGUUCAUGUCACUAUAGGAGACAUUAAAACGGGAGCACCACAGUAUGGGAGUUAUGGUACAGCACCUGUAAAUCUUAACAUCAAGACAGGAGGAAGAGUUUAUGGAACUACAGGAACGAAAGUCAAAGGAGUAGAUCUUGAUGCACCUGGAAGCAUUAAUGGAGUGCCACUUUUGGAGGUAGAUUUGGAUUCUUUUGAAGAUAAACCAUGGCGUAAACCUGGUGCUGAUCUUUCUGAUUAUUUUAAUUAUGGGUUUAAUGAAGAUACCUGGAAAGCUUACUGUGAAAAACAAAAGAGGAUACGAAUGGGACUGGAAGUUAUACCAGUUACCUCUACUACAAAUAAAAUUACGGCCGAAGACUGUACUAUGGAAGUUACACCAGGUGCAGAGAUCCAAGAUGGCAGAUUCAAUCUUUUUAAGGUACAGCAGGGAAGAACUGGAAAUUCAGAGAAGGAAACAGCGCUUCCAUCUGCAAAAGCUGAGUUUACUUCUCCUCCUUCUUUGUUCAAGACUGGACUCCCACCAAGCAGAAACAGCACCUCUUCUCAGUCUCAGACAAGUACUGCCUCCAAAAAAGCCAAUUCAAGCAUUGGGAAGUGGCAGGAUCAAUAUGGGAGGGCCGAAUCACCUGAUCUAAGGAGAUUACCUGGGGCAAUUGAUGUUAUUGGUCAGACUAUAACUAUCAGCCGAGUAGAAGGAAGGCGACGGGCAAAUGAAAACAGCAACAUACAGGUCCUUUCUGAAAGAUCUGCUACUGAAGUAGACAACAAUUUUAGCAAACCACCGCCAUUUUUCCCUCCAGGAGCUCCUCCCACUCACCUUCCACCUCCUCCAUUUCUUCCGCCUCCUCCCACUGUCAGCACUGCUCCACCUCUGAUUCCACCACCAGGUAUUCCAAUAACUGUACCACCUCCAGGUUUUCCUCCUCCACCAGGCGCUCCACCUCCAUCUCUUAUACCAACAAUAGAAAGUGGACAUUCCUCUGGUUAUGAUAGUCGUUCUGCACGUGCUUUUCCAUAUGGCAAUGUGAUGAAGAACGAUACAGAUACAGGGAGUAUGCAGAAAGAGGCUAUGAGCGCCACAGAGCAAGUCGGGAGAAAGAAGAACGACACAGAGAAAGACGACACAGAGAGAAAGAGGAAACCAGACACAAGUCCUCUCGAAGUAAUAGUAGACGUCGCCAUGAAAGUGAAGAAGGAGACAGUCAUAGGAGACACAAGCACAAAAAAUCUAAAAGAAGCAAAGAAGGAAAAGAAGCUGGCAGCGAGCCUGCCCCUGAACAGGAAAGCACCGAAGCUACACCUGCAGAAUAGGCAUGGUUAUGGCCUUUUGUGUACAGUAGUGCCAGAAAUAGAUACUAUAAAUCUUCUUAUUUUUCUGGAUAAUGUUUAAGAAAUUUGCCUUUAAUCUUGUUCUGUUAGUAUGAAAAGUUAACUUUUUUCUUCUAAAAUAAAAGAGUGAAUUUUUCAUGUUAAGUUAAAAAUCUUUGUCUUGUAAUAUUUAAAAAAAUAAAAAGUAAUGACUUUGUAUCGAAGAAAGUAAUGUGAAUGAGUCACUCAGCAGGGAAUUUAAAGAGCUAUGUUUAGCUGUGUACAUAAUAGCUGAUUGAUAAAGGUCAAGGUUCCCUCUUGGCCAGUUUCCUUGAGUUAGUUAAUCAAAUACCAGUCUCUUAAGAAGUUGCACUGCAAAAAUGCAUCAAAAUGCACCUCUGAGUCUUGAGAUUAAAACUAGUCUUUUAUCAUCACUGCUGUGGCACUGUUGCUAUGCAUAUUAAAGAACUCAUACAGUUUUGAUACUGCAACUUUUUGAUAGCAGGUUUUCAGUGUUCUAAAUUUGGGUUCAUGGUGAAACUAAAGGGGAACUUUUCUAUCCAAAGUAAUAAAAUCUAAUGGCAUUUGGGUGACCUCUGAAAUAACUUGCCCUAAAUGUAGUUUCUGGCAGGCACAUGGACAAAUACUCGUCACUGUGACACAAAUUUGAAUUGCCUCACCGCCAUCUUUUAUGAGCUAGGUCAAGCUGGUUUGGCCUUUCUUGAUGGUUCUUCCAAGGCUUAUUGGUUGAGCAGCACGUAGAGUUUGUAUACAAUUACUAGCUAUACUGUGAAUAAAAAUAAAUAAGAGCUUUAGAUUAGUCAUUUCCCAUUACAUUUAAGAAAAUACAAGUUUAUAUAAUUCUGUGAACAUUUUUAGGGAUAGCCCUUAGAAGAUACUUGUCAGUGAUGGUAGCAACAUGGUUUUGAAAGAAUGAAUUACUAAGAACUUUUAAAUAGUGAUAAUAGAAAUGAACUUAGUAUCACAUACUAAAAGACAGCUGUAUAAUUUUUGAAAAAUAUUUAUUUCUCAUUUCAUGAACAUUUUUCAGCAAUGCACUUUUUAAAUCCUCUGUCUGGAAAUUGUUUUUAAAAUGCCCAUAAUGUACCCUUUGCAGACCUCAGCAUAUACCAGAUUUUAAUUUAGCUGUAUGAUUUGAAUUCAGUGGGGGCAUACAAACCAUGUCAGCUGUUUAAGAGCUUUAUAUUGAUAGAAAAAUAUAAACUUAAAGUUAUGAGAAAUGCUCCACACUGAAUAAAAACUAUUAGUAAUGUUUAUAUUUUGUGAAUUAUAUUUUCUGAGGUGUAAUUGGCUUUUCAUUAGAUCCUACUUUUCCUGACAUUAAAGUUUAUAUUUUUACAUUGUAGCCUUCAAAUACAAAAAUUGAUAAGAUAAAUACAUUGUUUCAACUUAGCUUGUUUGUGAUUUCCUGUUUUUCUAUGACCCAUCAUUGAUUCUAUAAAAAAGUUCCAGGCCAAGAAGCAAUGGUGAGAGUAAUUUUUCCUUUAAGUUCUUUUAGCAUCCUUGCCAAGCAAGCAUGUAUCAUUCCUGAUGUACUUCUGCCAUUGACAGCAAGAAGAAUAUCACCACAUCUAAAAAAAAUAAAAUAAGGUACAUGAUUAACAUUUUGAGCCACAGCUGAAGUUAAUGCAAGUUUUUUUGGUGGUCCUAGUUUUUGCUCCAUCUGUCAGUUUUAAUUAUAUUAUCAAUACUUCUAAUUAAGGUUCUCCCUCACUUAAAUUCUUCAAAUUCUAUCGUUCAGCUUGUUUUAGAAAGAAUGCUAAAAGUAUAGGACGUUGUUGUAUGGGACCAAGAGUAACAAAUCAUUUUGGAUUUCUUAGAAAUGGAACGCUGCAUAAAUGUUUUAUAUUUCUUACCAAUGAAAAAAGAUAUAAUAGGUGCCUUAUUUCAAAUGGGGCCAGGCUUUUUGCAUGUAUAAAACACAAUCUUUGGAUAUAAAUUUUUUGUUAAGUAGUCAUUAUUAUUACCUGAUUCUUCCAUCGUUGUAUGCUGGUGUUCCUUCAACAAUGGAUUUGAUAAAAAAAGGUUUGUUCCCGUUGUAUUCUUCAUAACCUCCUACAAUGCAGAAGCCCAGACUUCCAGCUGUGUUUCUUCGCAGUAUAACAUCUUUACAGUUGUACAGGUACCUGAAAUAGAAUGAAAUCAAUGUAAAUGCACAGUUAAUUCGAACUCAUAGUAAUUACUGUGAUUCAUCUCCCAUUCCCUUUAUUGGCAUUUUUUUUUAGGCUUAAUAGCACUGGAUGGGUCUCAUUCAAAAUUGUGUCAUAGCCCAGUCACCUUUGUGCUUUUAGCUGGCUUUUUCUUUCUUUUUUUUUUUUUUUUUUGCGGUACGUGGGCCUCUCACUGUUGUGGCCUCUCCCGUUGCAGAGCACAGGCUCCGGACGCGCAGGCUCAGCGGCCAUGGCUCACGUGCCCAGCCGCUCCACAUGUGGGAUCUUCCCGAACCAGGGCAUGAACCCGUGUCCCCUGCAUCAGCAGGCGGACUCAAACACUGCGCCAGCAGGGAAGCCCUAGCUGGAUUUUUCUAAUUGAACUUCUCUUUUCCAGAGCUAACCACCCUUUUAAAAGAGACACCAUCUAUUAUGUUCUGUUUAUAUGUCUACUGGAAAAAAAUCAUUUCUGGCUUAAAGAUUUCUGACUUAAAGGUUUAAUUUCUCA